CCAAAGUCAAACCCAGAUCUUACGGGCAAACCCUGCUCCCUGACCCACUACAUAAGACACGACUCACCACCUCACCCUCCCCAAAGCUUUCAUUUCAUACAAAACCAUCUCUUUCCCUUGGUGGUACCCCAUGCGUUUCUGCCCUUCAAAUAUCAACUAUCCCACUUCAUUUUCACUCUUGUCUUAUUAUCUGUUUCUCUCUGAUUCCCAUCAGCUUAAUUGUUCCCAAGGACGUAGACUAGAGUAAAUCUUAAACUUGUAAACUUCACCUCCUUGUUAAGAUAGAUGCCUGACCAUUAGGUCAAAGGCUCGUUAUUGGUGCAUGGAGAAUCUAUGUGAGGAUUUUUUUACCAAGGGUUUGUCUCUACACGGAUUGACGUGACUUAGGGUUAUUGAUUAAAGUCAUCACUGUAUAUAUAUAUACAGCAAUGGAGAAAGAAGAAAACUACUCGGUACUCAGAGCUCAUAAUCUUAUCUCCUUCACUUUUUCCGUAUCUUUUUGUUUAAAAGAAAAAAAAAAAAAGAAUCUUUUCAUCACCAUGUUAUUCUGCUACAAACUUGAUUUCUUUCAGGCAAAUUUUACUGGGCUAGAUUAUUCUUUAGACCAUCACGGUCAUGACCAUCAUCAUCAUCAUCAUCAAGACCAGCUAAUGAAGCAGCCACGGAUUGGUGAAACUUCUGGUGAUAACAACGGAAUGAUUGAUUAUAUGCUGAACAAUCCUCAACAACAGCAACAGAUAUCUUCAUCUGGGUUUUGCAGUAGUACCCCAACUUCUUAUGAUAAACUGAGCUUUGCUGAUGUUAUGCACUUUGCAGAUUUUGGUCCCAAAUUAGCGUUAAACCAAACAAGGAUCCCUGAAGAAGAAACUGGGAUUGACCCGGCUGGUUACUUUCUCAGGUUUCCAGUUUUAAACGACAGGUUAGAGGAUCAAUCGUUGAUGGUUCCUCCAUCUGGGAUUGAGAAUGUGGAGAAUAGAGCUACAGGAAUAUUAGUGGAAGAAAAGGGGAAUAGAGAAGAUGAAGAAGCUAGGGUUUCAGAUAAUGCAUCAGUGCAACUUCGUUUUCUUGGAGAAGAUCAUGUUCAAAACAAAAACGCAACAACUGAAGCUAAGAACAAGAGAAAGAGACCAAGAACUAUCAAAACAAGUGAAGAAGUUGAGAGCCAGCGGAUGACUCACAUAGCUGUUGAAAGAAAUCGAAGGAAGCAAAUGAAUGAGCAUCUUCGAGUCUUGAGGUCCCUCAUGCCAGGCUCAUACGUGCAAAGGGGAGAUCAAGCCUCAAUUAUUGGUGGAGCCAUAGAAUUUGUGAGAGAAUUAGAGCAACUUCUUCAAUGCCUGGAAUCUCAGAAACGAAGAAGAUUGUAUGGAGAAGCUUCAUCACGUCCAAUGGGAGAUACCUCCAUGGCAAUUCAACAGCAACAACAACCGUUCUUUCCAGCUCCUAUGUCUCUCCCGAAUGAUCAAAUCAAGCUUGUGGACUUCGAUACUGGACUCCGCGAAGAAACAGCUGAAAACAAAUCUUGCCUGGCAGAUGUUGAAGUCAAGCUUUUAGGGUUUGAUGCUAUGAUUAAGAUCCUGUCUAGGAGAAGACCAGGCCAACUCAUUAAGACCAUAGCAGCUCUAGAAGAUUUGCAGCUUAAUAUCCUUCACACCAACAUCACCACCAUUGAGCAAACAGUUCUAUAUUCAUUUAAUGUUAAGGUUGCAAGUGAAGCUAGGUUCAGCGCAGAAGAUAUUGCGAGCUCGGUUCAACAAAUAUUCACUUUCAUUCAAGCAAACGGCAGCAUGUAAUGUGAUGGGGAAUCGAGGUUGAGGGAAAAUAUUGAGCUGCCUUGUCCAGUCAAAGAUACCCACAUUUGGCUCUUUCCAAUAACCUUCUUCAAUGGAUAUUUUGAAUUUGUCAUGGAAACAUAUAGUAGCAGUAGUGUCAGUGAGCCCAGAUGCACUCUCUCUGAUCAGCAAACUUUCUACAUAUACUUGUAUUUGAUAUUUUUCCCUGUAAGAGUAAAACUUCUCGCUAAGUGUUUUUAUUUGAAGAUUGAUGUUUUAACUUCUCUCUUUCAUUUCCCAUUCUUGUUCUUAUUCGUGAAAUUUACUGAAGCAAUGUAACUUCGUUAGACUUGGAAAUAACUUUGGGUCAUUUGAAACAUUAUCCUUUUGAUUUU